CUGGUGCCGAUCCGGCUGGACCUGGACGCGGACGGGUACCGGCUCCGCGACACGUUCACAUGGGACAUGAACAACGAGCUGAUUUCGACGGACCGGUUCGCGCGCAGCCUGUGCAUAGACGUCGGGUUGCCGCAGGAGCUGUUUGUGCCGAUGAUCGUGCAGGCCAUUGAGGAGCAGACGGAUGACUUUAGGCAGUACGGGUAUGCGGCGGAAACGUCGGACCGACUGCGGGUGGUGAUCCGGAUUGAUGUGCUUGUGGGCCACAUUGCGCUGCGCGACCAGUUUGAGUGGGACAUUGCACCGCUGCUGCGGCCGCUGCAGGUGGCCAGCGUGCUGUGUGCCGAGAAGGGCCUGGGCGGCGAGUUUGAGACGGCCAUCACGCACUCGAUCCGCGAGCAGCUGUACGCGUUUGUCAAGUCGUUCCUGCUGGCCGGCUACACGUACCGACCGCGGCUGGUGCCCAAGUCGGCGCUGGGGUCGAGCAUUCUGCCGCCGGUCAAGUCGGCGCUGCGCGACUCGUCCAUAGCCCAGACGUUCGAGCCGCUGAUCGUGCAGCUGCACACAGUUGACGUCGAGCGGCUCGAGAAGGACACGGACCGCGACACGCGCCGCAAGCGCCGGCAGGGCCGUGGUCGU